UUUUGUCUCACCCCUUUUUCAGGGUCCUCCUGGACGAGCGGGCUUUCCGGGUGACAAAGGAAGUAUGGGAAUUCCUGGGAGAAUGGGCUUAAAAGGACACGCAGGGGAGAAGGGGGCACCAGGCGAGCCUGGUCUGUCUAUCAUUGGACCAAGAGGACCUCCUGGACAACCUGGUACAAGAGGAUUUCCAGGCUUUCCAGGUCCAAUUGGGUUGGAUGGCAAGCCUGGGCAGAAUGGACUUAAGGGAGACAUGGGUCAGCGAGGUCCUAAAGGGCUCCCAGGGGAACCCGGACCCAAAGGAGAGAAGGGCACAUGUGGAGACUACACACACCGGGGCCUCUUUGUGCAGGAUGUUCCUCUGAAAACCCUGGCUGCCUUGCGCUCCAGUCAGGCUCUGAUGUCAAAGAUGUUGCCCAUCACCGUGCGCAACAUGCCCUCAAUAAGCCCUCUAAUCCUAAAACGCCUCAAGCAGGGCGAGCCUGGAGCACAGGGACCCCCAGGACCUCCAGGACCCCCCGGACCAGCUGGGGUCCCAGGACUAGAUGGAGCCAGUGGCCCACCGGGCAAGCCCGGGGAGCCGGGAAAACCAGGAAAAGAUCCAAGGCUUAUACCAGGACUAAAGGGUGACCGAGGUGAUGUAGGCCCACAAGGCCCUGAAGGCCCAAAGGGAGAUAAAGGAGACCAAGGAAUUAAGGGAGAUGAAGGAAAGAGGGGUGUCCCAGGAGAGAGUGGAGAGAAGGGAGAGCCAGGUUUCCCAGGGGCUCCUGGGAUAAAGGGGGACAAGGGAGAGCCGAGCACGACCGCCCAGGGAAUUAAAGGAGAGCCAGGUUCACCAGGACUGCCAGGCCUGAUUGGACCCAAGGGUGACAAAGGUGACCAGGGUGAAAAGGGGGAAGUAGGCCCUGAAGGCCCAGCUGGACCAAGAGGUCCUCCAGGCCCAACUGGGGAGCCAGGAAAAGCUGAAAUUCAAAACAAUGAAAAUGAUAUCCGCAACAUACCCCUUAUGGGUCCCCCUGGAUUACCCGGACCCCCAGGGCCCUCUGGACUUCCUGGCACCAAGGGUGAAGUUGGUCUACCAGGUCCACCGGGACUGGAUGGAGAGAAGGGACCCAGAGGGAAGCCUGGAGAGCCCGGUCCUGCAGGCCCAGCUGGUUCCGAAGGUCCCAGAGGAGAGGGUGGUGUCAUGGGCUUCCCAGGACCCAAGGGAGACAAGGGAGACAUGGGUCCAUCUGGAUCACCUGGUUUAGAUGGCCCUACAGGUGAAAAAGGGGCCACAGGGUCCCCUGGCUCUAUUGGAUUACCUGGCGCAAUGGGACCUAAAGGUGAACCUGGAAAUGGAGGAAGGUCAGAAAUGAUCUAUGGUCCUCCAGGGCCCCCAGGACCUCCAGGACCAGUUGGCCCAGCAGGAUCUCAAGGAUCCUCUGGGCCUAAGGGAGAACCAGGCAUAGGCAUCAAAGGAGAAAAGGGAGCGACAGGUCAGAAGGGUGACAAGGGAGACAGAGGCCAUCUUGGACUCCCCGGGGCUCAUGGGUUAGACGGCAGACCGGGUCCAGUGGGUCUAAUAGGACCAUCAGGUGUGCCAGGGCCAGCCGGACCAAAGGGAGAGAGAGGUGAAAAGGGAGAUGCAGGAUUACCAGGACCAAUUGGGCCGCAAGGCAUCCCUGGUUUAGUAGGACCACAAGGACUCAAGGGAAAUCGGGGAGAGAGGGGCAAGAAAGGCAACAGGGGGGCCAAAGGGGAUAAGGGAGACCAAGGAGCACCUGGAUUAGAUGCCCCCUGUCCGUUGGGAGAUGAUGGCUUACCUGUACCAGGAUGUUGGAACAAAUGACGAUAACUUUGGAAUGGCUUGUGUGAUUGUACAUAGGAUAUUUAUUUUUUUACUUUUCCUCUUCUGUUCUACAUGGAAAAAACAUUUUAAAAUCCUAAAAAUUAAUUUUUGUACAGAUUGUUUAUUUUAAUAUGUAUGGUUUAUGUAGUGGAUUUUUAUAUGUAUGCAUCAUUUUAAUAUGAUUGGUCAAGUAAAAACUAUAAUGUGGCUACAUAUGCAUGAUAUUUGUGCAUAAUGUGAAGUGGAUAAUACCAAUUAACUUAUUGCAUUAUGCUGUUUUGUUCUGUUUUAGACCAUGCUGCACUGAGUUGUGGGGCUGGAAAGAUAAUGUUAGAAUUUGGAAAGUCUUAAUAAAGUUUUAAAAUAAACCAAACAAUGACAAGCACUGCAUUUACACUAGUUUGAAAUUGACUAAAUGUUCAUACAGGGACAUAAAGCUGUUUUAUAUCAGCACUUUGAGUUUUUGGUCUUGUGCUCAUAUUGUAUUGAAGAACACACAGACUUAACAGAUCAGAUUUGGGGCUGUCACUAGAGGCUUUUUUCUUCAACUUAUGAUAACGCUGAUCCAUCCAAGUUGGUCCAGAAUAAAUUAUCUUAAUAUUAAUGACCAAAUUGAUGCAACAUUCAAAAAGAAUCUUGUAGAAACGGAUAAUAUAACAACACGUGCAAGAACGCAUGCAAAGCUUUGUACUUUAAAUCUGAAUAACAGGUAAAGGGAAAAACUUUAUAUUUCUGUGUUUUUAGGUUACACAGGCAUAUUAAAUACACAUACAUAUACACGUUCCUAAUUCUUGGCAAUUAUAUAUUUUAAUUAACGCCGUUUACAGCCUUUCAUGGCCAGGCCCAUGUAUCUGCACAGAGUUAUUGCAGUUCUGUCAGCAUCUGUGCUUGCUGAUAAAUACUACAGUUUCUUUUUAGUUCUGUACAGCGGUGCCUCCAGACUUUCCAGGCAUGGUGACCAACACAGCAGGUGAUGCUGGUGGGUGGAGGGGAAGCCACUGAGGGCUGAUAGCUUGGAUUUUGCAUUGGGCACUCAACUAGUUGAGGGAAAGAGUCUAGCUAAGUUUAUAUUGCAUUCCAAAACAACAGAAUUUUCUGUCACAUUUUGCAGGAAAUGUAUUUUCUCUCAUUUUGUUCCCUAUAACUAAUUUAUUUCAAUUCAAAAUAUCUUUGCCAUGUGUUUUAUUACUUCUUGUCAGCCAACCAACCAUAUGUUGAUGGGCAGGACUCAUCACCAAAAUGAAAGAGAAGCUUCAGGCAUGCUUUGAAAGUCAUUAUGAAAGUCAUUUUGAAAGUCAUAUUUUAACCAAAUGAUGUUUGCUCAAUCCCAACCACAUAGUUUUGGGGCCUAAACCCAAACCAAGCAGCUAGUUAUAGUCCCACUUGAGUGAAAGUUCUAUAGACUUUAUGGCUCCUUUAAAAUGGAAGCCUUUCCUGAUAUGUGACCGUCUUAAUUUUCUGGGCGAAGAUAUGUUUCUUUAAACAUGUAAAUGAGACUACAGUUAAACAGAAACAUAACCUAUGGGCGACAGUGUUGUGUCACUAGUAGUGUUGUACACCAUGUCAAGAUGUGUGCUAGCUAAUCAUUAGAAGACAGCCUUAAAUCUCAUCUCUGAGGUCUGAUAUUUUAUUGUUCAUGGGGAGUCAAGUAUUCCAGGUGAUUGCAGUUUGUUAUUAACAGUAGAGUCAUAAAGGAGGGUGUCAAGCAAAAUCUCGAAACCAUUUCAAGCUUUAAAGUUCAGGCAUGGAAAAUCCUGAAAACUAAAUGUUUAGUUGUUCAAACAACAGCUCUGUUUUAGCUUUGUGUUAUUCCUUCUGAACUCAGUUUAUUGUAAAUAAUUUUGCCAAAUUUUCUGGGCAGCCACUUCUUGCUUAAUGACUGUCAGGUUGUGUUUACUAAGUGUAGUGUUUGUAGGUUGUUUGUCUGUCUUCUGAUCUGAGUAACAGUAUACAGCUGAUGGUGUUGGAUGGAAAUAUUGCUGCUCACCCUCAAGGCAUGCUGCUGCAACUGUCACAUUGUCUCAUCCAUUUAUGAAGAAAACCGUAACCUGCUUGGACAAUGGAGAUCUUUUCUUUUUAAAUCAAGAACUUUUUGCCCACAUGUAUUUUUGUGGAGAAGCUGAGCUCAUUAAGCUAACCUCAUUAACUUCCCCAAGUGCUGGAGAAAUGGAGUGACUGACCGAAGUGGAGCUUGGUCCAUUAUAUGCUGCUGCUCUUUUACAAAGCUUUGUUUGUGUUUUGCUCUGCCUGGAUUUGAUGUUGCCAUGAGAGAUUUUUGUUGGAUACUUGCCAGCAAUAACAUAUUCAUUGUGUCAUGUUGCUUCACAGUACCUCACAUUAACUCAUCUCUUAGUCACCAGCUGGCCUUAAUUUUGCUGUUAUAUUGGUCAUAAAUAGUUAUGUUUAGAUAUGUUAAAAUGUUCAUUGUGUUUAAAGUGGCAAUCAUAAUUAAAUAUACAUUUCUAAGGA